AUGUUCACAAUCGACAUUGACUGCCUCUGUCCGACUUCCACGUCGAUUUCAGGGCUGCAUGCUCCGUCAGUUGCUCGCAGCCUUCACCCUGGCCAUCACCAUCCUGACCGUCUUCAAUCUCACUUUCUGCGAUGUGGCGCCCAGAGGAGCAAGCCGCUCACCACGACGUCAAGUGGCGCUGCCGGAGAGGGAGAGUUUGGUAUGAGCAAGGCGGAUCAGGCAGGAAGGGAGCUAGAGGAAGGAUCUCGACCAGAGUGGCUUCCGGCGUUUGUUCCGCUGUGGGUGACAAAGAAGUUGCAUCCUCUAGUCCAGUUUGCCAUCAUGCUCGCUUGUUACGCUUUCCAUCUGCUCUAUCUCUCCAAAAAUUCGUGGAAUUUCCCUGAGCAGUUGAUCCCGAACAGCAAGGGAGCCUUUCAAAGCAUCGGGCUCGAUUCCAUCGCAGGGCUGGUGGUUGUGGCAGGUGUCCUCGUUUGCCGCAAGCUAGCAGGAGUCAGCGUGAUCCCUCCUCUCCUCCAGAGCUCAAACCCGCCAUGGAGAAUCCCAAGAGAGGCAAAGAAAAUCUUGGGAGGAACGACAGCCUACCUCUUGCUUGCUUACAUUGCAUCGGGCUAUGGAGCGGUACUGCUGGGGCAUCUCAUGUGGGUGUACAUGGGCAUACGGAUCCUCGGCACGAAGCACAAGCCCUUCUUUCCUCCUCAAGGGACUUGGCUGAGGUGGAGAACAAACAGCAACUGGGUCUGGUGGGUGGUAGGAAGCUACUUCGUGUCUGCUCUUCUGUUCAACAUCGCAGAUCUCAUCAACCAGUUCAUCCUUCCUUCGACCAUCUUUGAUGAGGAGAGCGUCGUCUCGAAGCUCGUCAAUCCUGAGAACAAGGAUCUUCUGGCCAUGGCAAUUGGAGCUGUUGGGCCCUGCAUAUCAGCUCCCAUCUUCGAGGAGGUUCUCUAUCGCGGGUUUCUCCUCCCGGCUCUCGCCGCCAUGAUGCCUCUACAAUGGGCCAUCCCCACGAGCUCGAUCCUCUUUGCAGUUCAUCACCUCAACAUCGGAGGGAUUCUUCCCUUGUCCGUGCUCGGUCUAGCAUGGGCAAUCAUCUACACGCAGUCAAGAAAUUUGCUGGUCACCAUCCUCAUCCAUGCUCUGUGGAACUCGCGAGUGUUUCUUGGCUCAUUCAACUCUCUAUGGUAUCAUUAUCCCCUAUCAGCCAUGGUUCCAAGAAUUUCCUCCAUCUCACACGUCGCUAUCGCUAACCGAAAAUUCUCGAUCAGGCUGCACGAUUGGCCAGAUCUGUGGAUCCGAAAGAAGCGUUGUUGGAACGACAUGGACGAGGACACGCGAAGGCAAUGGAAGACUUUGGGUUGGGACGAGAAGAACUGGAAGACCGGAACGGGAGUGCAGACCAGAGAGAAGCGCUGGGACGAGCUCAACUGCUCUGAGCUGAAGGCGGCCAAGGCAUUAGGUUACGACCGCAAGUUGUGGGAGACGGAAGAUCAAACCAUCAGAGCUGAUCACAUCCCUCGCAUUCCCGUGCGUCCAUGGGAGUAUACGGCAUGGUAA